AUGAAGAAACAUACAAAAUAUUUGGUGGAAAUACCUACUCAUGAAUAUUAAGAGAAUAAGGUCUAUUAUGUUAUGAAAGUAACAAAUUUAGAGACUAAUGAUUUCAAAGAAGUGAAAAAACGAUACUCUGAACUUGAAUCAAUACACUAUAAAAUUUUGGAAUGGAUCAACAUAUUCAAAAUUAGAAUCCCUUAGUUAUAAUUUCCAAAAAAAAAAAUCUUUUUUUUCAGCACUAAUCUAUCAGAAGAGAGUGUUAAUAAGCGUGUAUUUUCAUUCAUUAAUGUAAGAGAGCUGAAUUAUAAAAAUAUUUUAAUGAUGUCUUCUCACAUCCUGAAUUGCAAAGUUUGGGUUUAAUUGAAGACUUCAUUCCUGUGACUAAACACAGAAAACCACUUGAUUAGAGUCAAAUAUCUCAAAUUUCUAAUAAUUAAUGGUCGGAAAUUGAGGCAUUAAAGAAAUCUUUCUUAGCUAAACAUGAAAAUCAGGUUUUUUCAUUACCCAUAAUUAAGCCCCAACAAUAAAUUAAGUAAAAUAUAUUGUACAUUCAUUUAGAUAGCAAUACACUUUUAAGUUUUGUGAGCAUGGUUUCUAUGAUAAUUCAGCAAUCUACACUAUAGAAAUCACUGAUCAUUAUGCUAAUAAGAGUUGGAAAUUCAAUCAAAGAUACCAGGAUUUGAAAGAAAAUCAUAGAUAAUUGAGAAAAAUCUAGAUUUCAUUUGAACUACCAGAAUUUCCUCAUAAAAAAGUCAUAAAUUCCAUGGAUAAUAAUGAUUUAAAAGAUAGGAAAACCUAAUUAGAAGUCUAUCUCAACUCAAUAUUUAAGUACACUUGUCAUUCUACUCACUUAGAUAUUAUGAUUUAGUUUCAAGCAAUCUUAUGAUAUUUUUUAUUGCCAAAAGCCAAUUGGAUGGGAAUGAAAUUGGAUGUAGAUCGAAAGGUCCUUCAUAAACCACAUUAGAAAAUUCAAGUAUUAAAAGUUAAUCUAAUAUCUUGGAUUAAAAUGAUGACUUCGAUCCCAAACAACCGAGAAAAAUUACCUGUUGA